AUGCUUGAGUGCAACCGAGGCAAGCCCGUCAGCACAGCUCUAUCAGCAAAGCUAACUAAUCUCCUCGCUCAGUGGAUUGCCACCAGCUGCCGGCCCAUCAGUGUGGUUGAAGAUGAUGGGCUCGAGCUUGUUCUCCAGACGGCCACAGGUGACUCUUCUUACAAACUAUCCGCGAGGCGAACUAUCAUGAGGAGAAUACAUGACCAGCACGCCACAGAGAAAGCCGCAAAAGAUAAGAAGAUGUCAGAGGCGAGUUGUGUGGCGCUGACUGGGGACCACUGGACCUCUGUCAACAACGAUUACCUCGGCGUUACUGUACACUUCAUCGAUGCCAGCUGGGAGCUUCACUCCUUCGCUUUAGGUGGUUUUGAUGGCGCACUGGCCAAGUGCCGUAAAGUGGUCGGACAUUUCAAACACAGUCCGGCCAACUCAGACGAGCUGAAUGUCCAGCAAGCCUCCCUUGGACAAGUUCAGGAGCCACUCGUGCAAGAUGUUUCAACACGGUGGAAUUCCACCCUAGAGAUGCUCCAGCGCGUGAGGCGCAACAGAGACGCACUGCACACAGUGCUGUCUCAGCAGAAGCAGAAUCUGGCCCUCCCAACAAAUGCUGAAUAUGAGAAGUUGGCAAAGCUAGCGGAACUGCUGGAGCCAUGCAGGUUCAUCACUGAGCUCCUUGGUGGGAAUAAGUAUGUAUCCUGCUCUGUGGUUCUACCUGCCCUGUGCCACCUCCAGCAUGUGAUGAAGAUCUCAGAUGAUGAUCCUGCCUAUAUUGCGCGAUUCAAGGCUGCCUUCACCAAGGACCUGAACCAGCGGAGGGAGAAAAUAAACCUGGAAUGGCUUAAGGUGGCGACUACGCUAGAUCCACGAUUUAAGGACCUUAAGUGCUUGCCCAGAGCAGAGAGGGAGCUAGUGUGGGCAAAGCUAAGUGAGUUGGUCAAGGGAGAAGAAACUGCUCUGCAGCCACUCAGGGAGGAGAACUCUGAGCCACCCAAGAAGAAAACAGCCCUGCUAUUGAUGGAUUCAGACUCAGACUCAGAGACACCAGAAGACAAUGCUGUGGAGAGGUACAAGGUAGAGCACAGUGCCAGUCUAGAUCAGUGUCCACUGAAGUGGUGGUCGGAGCACACUGCUGUCUAUGGUAAGAUGUCCCUCAUUGCCCGUAAAUACUUGGGGACUCCAGCCACAACGGUCCCAUGCGAGAGGCUAUUUUCUUUAGCAGGCCAUAUUGUGCAGAAGAGGAGAGCUAGUUUGUCACCAGAAAAUGUAAACAAGCUGGUCUGCCUGAGUGACUGGUGGAAGAAGGAGAAAUAG